UUGAUAUAUAGAUAUAGAGCUUGUCUGCAAGAAGUUUCAUCUUUAUACACAAGAAGUGGAAGAUGGGAGCCCAGACUUCAACAAGGCUAAGAUCAGACGAUGGAAAAGUGAAUUCAGUUCAUUCAUUAAGCAACUGGAACACGCAGUUUCAAAGCUCAAAAACAUCAAACAAACUGAUGGUGAUUGAUUUCUCAGCUGCCUGGUGUGGACCUUGUAAAUUCAUAGAACCGGCGGUCAAUGACUUAGCAGUUGAGUUUUCAGACGUUGACUUUGUCAGGAUUGAUGUUGAUGAGUUGCCUAAUGAUUUGAAACAGGAUGUGGCCAAGUAUUUUGAUGUACAAGCAAUGCCAACUUUUGUAUUGGUCAAGAAAGGGAAGGAGCGUGAAAGGUUUGUCGGAAUCAAGACAGAUGAACUUCAUAGGAUGAUUGAGAAACACAGGUUCUGAAAAGCUAUAUACGUAUGUAUAGACCCAAUGAGGCUUACAGGACACAAGAUGAUUGCAGCUAAUAGAAGCUAUUCCUAUACUUAAAUAAAGUUUGUCUAGCAAGUAUGUUUGUGAGAUAACGUAUCCAAAAAAUAGUUGAAUUCCCUAUUCAAAGAUUUUCUAAAUGACAAAACAUUCUAUUGUUGGUUA